AAGGCAAGAGCGGUUGGCCCGGAGGAGCUGGCAUUGCUGCGGCUGGAGACUAUGGAUAGGGAGAAUGAUGUCCGUGUGCUCCAGCACUGCUUGGCUGAGGCAGGGCAGAGCCACCUCCUAAAGUUCUGGGAUGAGCUGAGUGUGCCAGAGCAACAGGAGCUGCAUAUGGAGUUGAAAGCCAUGGACCUGGAGGAGUUGGGCCAGGCUUUUCAGAAGGCCAUGAUAGGUGGCAGCCGUUUACCAAGGCAGGAGAACAUGGAUGCCAAGAUGGAACCUGUGCCACGUGAGGUCUUGGGGAGUGCGACCCGGGACCGAACUCAACUGCCAACUUGGGAAGAGGAAGGUCUGCGACAGAUUUCUCAGAGCAAGGUAGCUGUUCUUCUCCUAGCUGGUGGACAGGGGACAAGGCUGGGUGUCUCAUACCCCAAGGGAAUGUAUGAUGUAGGCCUACCAUCCCACAAAACCCUCUUCCAGAUUCAAGCAGAGCGUAUCUUGAAACUGGAGCAACUAGCUGAAAAACAACUUGAUCGCAAGUGUGUAAUUCCAUGGUACAUCAUGACUAGUGGGAGGACGAUGGAAUUGACUAAGGAAUUUUUCCUGAAGCACAAAUACUUUGGCUUAAAGAAGGAGAAUGUGGUCUUCUUCCAACAGGGGAUGCUGCCUGCUAUGGACUUUGAUGGGAAAAUUCUCCUGGAAGAGAAGGGCAAAGUCUGUAUGGCACCAGAUGGCAAUGGUGGUCUAUACCGAGCUUUGGGAGCACAUCAUAUUGUGGAAGACAUGGAACGGCGAGGCAUUGGCAGCAUCCAUGUCUAUUGUGUCGACAAUAUUCUGGUAAAAGUGGCCGACCCUCGGUUCAUUGGGUUCUGUGUGCAGAAGGGAGCAGAUUGUGGAGCAAAGGUAGUUGAAAAGACCAACCCCACAGAGCCAGUUGGUGUGGUGUGCCGAGUGGGUGGCGUUUACAAGGUGGUGGAAUACAGCGAGAUCUCUCUGGCAACAGCACAGAAAAGAAGUCCUGAUGGCCGGCUACUUUUUAAUGCUGGGAACAUUGCCAAUCACUACUUCACCGUGGAGUUUCUGAGAGACAUUGUCAAUGUUUAUGAGCCUCAUCUACAACACCACACAGCCCAAAAGAAGAUCUCAUACAUAGAUGUGGCCACUGGGAAGCCUCUGAAGCCAGACAAACCAAAUGGAAUUAAGAUGGAGAAGUUUGUGUUUGACAUCUUCCAGUUUGCCAGGAACUUUGUGGUUUAUGAAGUGCUGCGAGAAGAUGAGUUCUCCCCUUUGAAGAACGCAGACAGCCAAAACGGCAAGGACAACCCCACCACUGCACAGCACUCCUUGAUGUCGCUGCAUCACUGCUGGGUUCUCAAUGCUGGUGGCCAUUUUGUUGAUGAAAAUGGAACACGCCUUCCUGCCAUUCUGCGCUGUACUAAUGGAAGGUCAGAUGCGAUCCAAGCUGAUGUCAAUCACAAUCUGAAGGAUGCCAAUGAUCUGCCAAUUCAAUGUGAGAUUUCUCCUCUUGUCUCAUAUGGGGGUGAAGGCCUGGAGGAGUUUGUGAAGGACAAAGAAUUCCGUGCCCCUUUGAUUAUUGACAGAAGUGGGGUCCAUGAAUUGGUGAAGAAUGGAAUGUAAGAUCGCCAUGCAAAAUCAUCUUUGUGUUCCAGACUUUGUGAUUCUUGAUUGUCAGACUGUGAGCAUUCAAGCAAGGGUUUCCAAUAUCAUCUUGUGGGGUUUUCACUCAAAUUGAGUUCUACCAAAAUCCAGGACUUGGCUGCAAUAAAAAGGGAUGCAGUGUUUUUUCCUCUUGGCAUCUUUGGCGUAUCUAUUUAUAUAACUUUUAAUUUUCAAAAAGUUAACACAUAGCAGAGACAUUGCCUUUCAUGCUGCAGUGCUUCAAGACACGGCAUUUUGUAUCAAAACCUAUGUUAUACCUGCAAAAGGAACUUUAUGGUACGGAGCUUGAGAAACUAAUCUGAAAUUUUAUUUUUCUCAAAUUUAUGUGACUUGAUUUUUUUUUAAAAAAAGGGGUUUGGUUUUCGUUUUGCUGCCCAUAUUAUUAUUUUAUUAAAAGUUGUAUCUUGCAGGGGUUGCACACUUGAAAGAGUAGAGAAGAAAUGAACCUCAAUUAAAUCAUUUUUCUUCCAAA